AUCGAUGCGUUGUGCGCAAAAGCUGUCAUGUGGAGGCGUUGAGGCAGAGGAUUAUCUGACGAUUCGGCAACAUCAUGGCGUCACCAUCACCGAAUGGAAAGCGAUGCACCUCGUCGCGUGAUCACAUCCUUCACUGGCAAACGUCAUUUCCAAGCUGGUUGGCCUCUCGCGCAUUACUGGGUGGUGCGCCGAUAGCUCAUCGGCGGGAGGCGGCCAAUGCGGUGAGCAUACCGAUGCGCACACUGACACGCGUGUGGACCAACUCUCAUGCAUGACCUGUUUGUUCUUGCUUCUGUGGCGCUCAGCCAACCGAGGUACGGGAAGCGAAAACAUGCCGCUCGGAUGUUGACAGAUCGAUGAGGCGCCACGAAUGCAUUCACUUAUAUGAUGUCUGUGUUAUGUCUGUUUGUGGGUGUGCAGAUCAUGUCGGGUGCGGCUGAUGGAGCUGGUGGCUCGAUUGCUGACGAGUCGGCCUCAUCGGCUGCGUCUGCCGCCAAGGGUAACCAACACUUUUGCUGCAGAAAGGCACAGCCAUUCAAGCACACAGCUGUCUGUAUGUGUGAGGCGUGUUGCAGGUGCGGCCAGUGCAUCGUCGGCGAAGCAGCAGGGCGGCAUUAAUGCCGCUGACGUGCCGCAAGCUGUCGCCCCGACUGUAGCCGAGUACGUCAGGAGUUACUCACAGCUGGAGGCCCUCAUCGACGCCCAUCCCACCCAAUUCACCGCCGCCGUCCUGCUGCCCAUCCUUACCCAGCUGCUGCCCGUCGUGGUGGCCUUGAUCUUUGGCGCGCUGGUGCAGGUGCCCCUCCCCCAGCUGACCCAAGGUGUGGCCAUCAUUGUGGCCAUCGCACGCCGGCUCGUCAUGCUUGAGAGGGGCGGCGACUGGGCCAGAUGGCGGCCGCACUUGGAGAUGCUUUAUUUGCUGAGAGGAAUGAGGCCUGUGGUAUUGGGUGACGACAACUUCGGUGUGUUCCAAUAUAGAUAUAUUGGUGUGUUCGACCGCCGGGCGUUCUUCAUCAGCGAGACGGAGGCGGUCUGGCAGUGGAAGAUACUCAGCUGGGGCGUCACUGUCGCUGAUGGAGGACAACAGACACGACUGAUGGACCUCUCCUGCAUCGGCGACAGCAUCAUCCUUCUCCCCCACGCAUGUCGUUUCACGCCCACCCUCCUCGCCUCUGCCAGCCACCUCUUCCCCUCUGACGCAUUCGACCCCACCGACCCGCCCACACAGCUGGCCGAGUACACGUACCCCAACUACACAUCAAUGGUGGCAUUCGUUCUUUUCCGCUGGCUUUUUUGCGGCGGCCACAUCCGUCGCGUCAGAGAGUGGUGGUCUUACCGGUCUGCUUAUGCUGCAUUUCGGCGUGUGGAUGAGCUGCUGGCGGCCUCUCCCAGCGAUGCGGCACAGUGGGGGGCGGGGGUGGCCAUCUUCGACGGGAAGCGGCCGGACGGGAAGGGGUUGUCACACUGCCGGUGGGUGGUGCUGGGCAGUGAGGUGAUGGGCGAGGGCCACAUGGCAGUGAUUGAGCUGGUCGAUUGGUGGGGUUAUUCUCGUGAUGUCAUCAUAUACUCAACCGAGCCGGCCCCCCACGCUCAGACGCGCAAUGUCGUGAUGAGAAUGCUGGGGGCUCAGCUGGGCGGUGUGGUGUGGCGGGGGGAGCAUGAGGCCAGGCAAGCGACGGCCUGCACUCUGAUGUGAUCGGGGGCUUUGACGAUAUGUCGAUUGUCCAUCCACGACAGAGGGAUGCUUGGCGGUCAGUGAGAGGGGAGACAGACAAACAGCCAGCCGGGCAACGGGCUUUUCUUGGCCUUCUGUGUUAUUUGGGCGAUUCUGUCUGUCUGUCUGUCUGUAUUUGCCGAUGAGCGUGUGUGCCCGGUGCGGUGUAUGCGUAUGUGUGAUGUCGAUGUGUGUGUGUGUCUUCUCUCUUCCUUUUGUGUGUGGCGAUUGAGUUUCUCUUGCCGUCCUACGUCACACUCACACGCACCGCACACAAACAAAGGGGGACCGAGGGGACCCACACACACAGACACAACCCACACAUAGAGGGAGAGAGAGAUAUGCCCGUCUGCCUGUGCAGUGUGUAAGGUAUAGGGUGCAUGCCCGUGUGGUUUGUGCAGUUUCUGGCGACGUGGCUGGCUGGCUGGCUGACUUGAUGGAUGUGAGUGGGUGGCGAAGACAGCGAGUCCCGGCCGGUGUCGGCUGG